AUGGAUGUCAAGUGUCAAGGUUGUUUAAACAUCACCACUGUUUUCUCACACGCACAAACUGCUGUCACCUGUGACUCUUGUUCCACCGUUUUAUGUACCCCAACCGGUGGUAAGGCCAAGUUAACCGAAGGUUGUUCAUUCAGAAGAAAAUAG